AUGAUUCACACUGCUCAUACCCCUAGUGAUCACUAUGGCAUUACAAAACCCGCCAGACUUUGCACAUUUUCGGUCGUAUUGGCAGAAAGACAGCAUGCGAUGAAUGCGUCUUUCCAUUUUCGGUCUGAUACUUGGGGAACAUACAGCAUAAUCAUUGGCCGCCGCUACAUUGGCGAUGAACAGAACGCAAGUGGGGAUAGUAAGGCGCAUGGUCGAACGAUUGGCAAGGAAGCUCAGGCGAGUCCUAGGUAG